GUGGAUUAUCGGGAUCUCAACAAGGCUAGUCCAAAAGAUGAUUUUCCCCUCCCGAAUAUACACAUGCUCAUUGAUAAUUGUGCGAAGCAUGAGAUGCAGUCUUUCGUAGAUUGCUAUGCGGGAUAUCACCAGAUUCUAAUGGACGAGGAAGACGCAGAGAAAACAGCCUUCAUCACACCUUGGGGGGUGUACUACUAUCGGGUAAUGCCUUUUGGGCUCAAGAACGCGGGUGCCACCUACAUGAGAGCCAUGACUACCAUUUUCCAUGAUAUGAUCCAUAAAGAGAUUGAAGUCUAUGUGGAUGAUAUCAUCAUCAAGUCGCGGAAAAGCUCAGACCAUUUGGCAGAUUUGAGGAAAUUCUUCGACAGGUUAAGGCGAUACAAUCUGAAGUUGAACCCCGCAAAAUGUGCAUUCGGUGUUCCUGCAGGGAAACUGUUGGGUUUUAUUGUGAGCAGAAGAGGCAUAGAGUUGGACCCCUCGAAGAUAAAGGCCAUUCAGGAAUUACCUGCCCCAAAGAGUCGGAAGGAUGUGAUGAGUUUCCUCGGGCGUCUCAACUACAUCAGUCGAUUUAUAGCACAAUCAACGGUGAUAUGCGAACCAAUAAUCAAGUUAUUGAGGAAGGAUGCUCCUACAAAAUGGACUGAAGAUUGCCAAAGAGCCUUUGACAAAAUCAAAGAAUAUUUGUCUAGCCCGCCCGUUUUGGUACCUCCGGAAGUUGGAAGACCUUUGCUGCUAUAUUUGUCCGUAUCGGAGAAUGCGUUUGGAUGUGUAUUAGGACAACAUGACGAAACAGGAAGGAAAGAGCGAGCAAUAUACUACUUGAGCAAAAAGUUCACACCUUACGAGGCACGGUAUACGUUAUUGGAACGCACAUGUUGCGCGUUGACUUGGGUUGCGCAGAAAUUGAGACAUUAUUUGUCUGCGUAUACUACUUACCUCAUCUCAAGGAUGGACCCCCUCAAGUAUAUUUUUCAGAAGCCUAUGCCUACUGGGAAGCUAGCCAAGUGGCAGAUGUUGCUAAGCGAGUUUGACAUUGUGUAUGUUACUCAAAAGGCUGUCAAAGGGCAAGCGAUAGCUGAUCAUCUUGCAGAAUAUCCUGUGGGCGAAGAAUACAUACCCCUUAAAACCUAUUUCCCGGAUGAAGAAGUGUUGUUUAUCGGGGAAGACCUCGCAGAAGAGUACCCAGGUUGGAGGCUGUUCUUCGACGGGGCGGCAAACUCUAAAGGAGUCGGCAUUGGAGCAGUUUUGAUUUCAGAGUCAGGCCAGCAUUACCCCAUUUCAGCAAAGCUCAAGUUUUUGUGCACCAACAAUAUGGCGGAAUAUGAGGCUUGUAUUCUUGGCCUCAGAAUGGCUGUCGACAUGAAUAUACAGGAACUUCUGGUUAUAGGUGAUUCAGACUUGCUGGUUCAUCAAGUACGAGGCGAAUGGACCACUAAGAACAUAAAGAUACUUCCAUACCUGCAUUGCGUGAAAAAUCUAUGUAAGAGAUUCAUCAAGGUGGAAUUCAAACACGUUCCGAGGACACAGAAUGAGUUCGCUGAUGCUUUGGCCACUUUGUCUUCUAUGAUUCAGCACCCGGACAAAAAUCGCAUAGAUCCUAUCAAGGUAAAUGUGCACGAUCAACAUGCUUAUUGUUUCUAUGUGGAUGAGGAGCCUGAUGGAGAACCUUGGUACCAUGACAUUAAGAAAUACCUUAAGGCAGGAGACUAUCCGAAAGGCAUAACCAGUGUUCAGAAGAAAACACUUCGGAGAUUAGCAAACCAUUUCUUCCUAAAUGGAGAAAUCCUGUAUAGGAGGACUCCGGACUUAGGGCUAUUAAGAUGUGUUGAUGCUAAAGAAGCGACCCGUUUGAUUGAAGAAGUGCAUGGUGGCACGUGUGGGCCUCAUAUGAAUGGUUUUACACUGGCCAAGAAAAUCCUUCGCGCAGGCUAUUUUUGGAUGACUAUGGAAUCAGAUUGUAUCCGUUUUGCGCAGAAAUGUCACCGAUGUCAGAUUCAUGGUGAUUUGAUUCGAGUUCCGCCGAAUGAAUUGAAUGUUACGAGUUCUCCGUGGCCUUUCGCAGCUUGGGGUAUGGACGUCAUUGGUCCUAUCGAGCCAGCCGCGUCGAAUGGGCACAGGUUCAUUUUGGUAGCCAUUGAUUAUUUCACAAAAUGGGUGGAAGCAUCUUCGCACAAGUCGGUAACAAAGAAAGUGGUGGCAGAUUUUGUUCGGAGCAGCAUUAUUUGCCGAUUCGGAGUCCCAGAAUCAAUCAUAACAGAUAAUGGAGCUAAUCUUAACAGUGAUCUAAUGCGGGAGAUUUGCGAGACAUUUAAGAUUACCCAUCGCAAUUCCACUCCUUAUCGCCCUCAGAUGAAUGGUGCAGUUGAAGCAGCCAACAAAAACAUCAAGCGAAUACUGAGGAAGAUGAUCGAUAAUUACAGGCAUUGGCACGAAAAACUGCCGUUGGCUCUUCUCGGGUAUCGUACUACCGUGAGGACUUCAACGGGGGCAACGCCUUAUCUUUUGGUCUAUGGGACAGAGGCGGUGUUACCUGCUGAGGUAGAAAUACCAUCUCUAAGGAUCAUCCAAGAAGCUGAGUUAAGUGACGCUAAGUGGGUACAGAACCGAUACGAACAAUUGAUGCUCAUUGACGAAAAGAGAUUGAAUGCAGUUUGUCAUGGGCAGCUUUAUCAGAACAGAAUGGCCAAAGCUUUCAACAAGAAAGUACGACCGAGGCAAUUCAAAACGGGGCAAUUGGUACUGAAACGCAUAUUCCCAUGUCAAGACGAAGCUAAAGGAAAAUUUGCGCCUAACUGGCAAGGACCUUAUAUGGUUCAUCGAGUAUUGACUGGAGGAGUGUUAGUCUUAGCAGAAAUGGAUGGUGAAAUAUGGCCGAAAGCUAUCAACACAGAUGCCGUCAAGAGAUAUUAUGUUUAG